GGGGACAGCGACUGGCGGAGGCGUAAUGAUUUUGGAUUGCGAUAAUAAAUGUAGCUAGAGCGCCAAAACAAAUUAAAUUCGGCUAAAUUAUAUUAAAUAGUUUUCUAAAAGAGUGAGGUGUAAUGGGCAACACAAGCAGUGAAAGGACAGGUGUUGGACAGGGAGAGAAGGCCCAUCGCAGGGACAGCCGUGGUCUUAAGGAUGGCGACCGUCCGAAGAUACUGAUGGACAGCCCUGAAGAUGCUGAUAUCUUCCAGGGGGAGGACAUGAAGGCUCCGUUGGAGAAGGAGGAGUUCCUCGCCUGGAGACACGACCUGCAGACCAGUGAGAAGGGUCCUCUGGCACAGCCCACUGUGUUUCGCUGGACAGGUGCUGGAAAGGAAGUCUAUCUUUCUGGAUCCUUCAACAACUGGACAACUAAGAUUCCUUUGGCGAGGAGUCAAAACAAUUUUGUGGCGAUUGUGGAAUUGCCUGAGGGUGAACACCAGUAUAAAUUCUAUGUAGACGGACAGUGGACCCAUGACCCAUCAGAGCCUGUAGUGACCAGUCAGCUGGGCACAGUCAACAACAUCAUCCAGGUGAAGAAGACAGACUUUGAGGUUUUUGAUGCACUCAUGGUGGACUCGCAGAAAUGCUCUGACAUGUCAGAUCUAUCAAGUUCUCCUCCUGGUCCGUACCAGCAGGACGCUUAUGUACCCAAACAGGACGAGAAGUUCAAGUGUCCUCCCAUCCUUCCACCACACCUUCUGCAGGUCAUCCUGAAUAAAGACACUGGCAUCUCAUGCGACCCUGCUUUACUUCCUGAGCCCAAUCAUGUCAUGCUGAACCACCUCUACGCUCUGUCCAUCAAGGACGGGGUAAUGGUUCUUAGCGCCACGCAUCGUUACAAGAAGAAGUACGUCACCACCCUCCUGUACAAACCAAUUUGACUGACACAAGCACUGCUCAGAAACUCUCAAGCGUGUGCUGUUUCUAUGUGGAGUUCCCCAUCUAGUGGAGUUUCUACACGUGUCUAAUGUAGGUAUCCUCCUCUAUCCUGUUUUGUUUUUUGUUAAUGUGUGUGCAAAAUGGAUGCCAAUGCUUAACACUUGGAUGUGACCAAGUGAAUAAAGACAUUAAAUAAUAACAUUCAGCUUGUAAAAGCUGACUUCUGUCCUUGAGUUUGAGAAAGGUGGUAUAUAAAUGUAACUGAUAAUAAAAUGUAAAUAAUAAUAACAACAUUGCAAAACAUAAGAGCCAGUAACAUUCAUAAAUGACUGUGUGGAGGAGACUAGACAGGAGAGUAGGAAUAGCUCCGGAUUCUGGAAAAUAUCAGCUCACAAAACAUCAACAUUGGUCAAAACACAGAAUGGGUCUGAUAACUGAAGCAUGUCCAUGAGUGCUUAGGGUUGCCUUGCCUAAGCUGUUUAAAUGACACAAGUAAAUAAGUGGAAAGUUAUGAAUGGGCCAAAACCCAAGUGGUACAAAUAGAUUUUGUUCCAAAUAUUCCAGAAAGUUUAAAAUGGAGGGCAUAUAUGAACUGCUGGUUGAAGCCAAGCUUUACUGAAGGUUGCUUGUAAUAUGUAUAAUCACUUACUUUUAAAAAAUAUUUAAUAUAGGCCUUUGUGCAUUUUGUUACAUUAGACAGAAUGGACCAACUUUAGAGGUAUGAAAUGUAAACUGAAAAUUGUUAACUUAAAUUUCACUGUGUGGAUAGUGACUGUGUUAAUAUGGGACUAAAUGUGUUAAUUGUAAUAUUGUAUAUUAUAUACAUCAUGCCAGUGUACUUUCACAAUCUGCUUCAAGCUUUUGCCAUAAUGCUGUAAAAAAGCAUGAAUUAUUUUGUAUUUUAGUAUGUUUCUCUUGUAAUAGGUAAUUAAGUAUUUGUGGUAGAAUUUCUAAUAGAUUAAUUGGUGCAUUAUUAGGACUUUUAUUUAUGAAGUUUUAACAUACACUCCUGAUUGUAAAAGAAACCACUUGUCAAUAAAGCACUCAUUUAUUUUUA